AUGCGGGUUACCGCAGUGCUGCGGCGCGGCAAGGUCGAUAUCGAGCCAUGGAUGGGUGUGAGCUGCUACCCCGUGUCACCCAGCUUUGUGGGUGGACUCCCGGCCGUCAAGCCGGGUUAUGAUCAUUACAAAAUGAUUCGACCACAGCGACCACUUAGGGCGAUUGGCAUCACGGGUUCGCUUCCGCCUGUGCUGUACAACCGAAUGGAACAGCUGGUGCAGAUAGAGAACGCUAUUGCACUGCAACGUGUGGAACGACAGGUAGAGAUGACGCUUUCACAACUGUCUCUUGGAAUACGAAAUGCAGAGGAAUUCUUGGAGAAGCAUCUUCUUCACGCAAUUGUUCGUCCCUCGAUUCACACUCUGUGGUUUCAUGAAGAAGGUCUUCGGAAGAAUCAGCAUGUUCUUUCCACUCUGGGUGCACACCAUCUUGUUCCGCUAUUUAGUCUUUUGGCCUACGAUUUUGAGUGUGGCAAGAUGUCGCUGUACGAGGCAGUAAAACUUUACGAGGAACUGAUGGAUUGCUCUGUGGCCCAACCCAAGGUUGUGCAGAGGGAGCUAACAAACCAGAUGGUGCGGUGCUACUGUUUGGAUGAUGAAUACGAGAAGGCAUUGGAUGUGGUAUUGGAGAUGAAAGCGAAAAAAAUCCGUAGGACAUUUGUGACAUACGCCCCACUCUUUCGCAUGAUUCGAGCCAAGGAGGAUGCCGAAAGACAGCUGGCACUUUUAAAUUUUAUGUACAAUGUGGAGGGUGGGCGGAUCCUGAAGUUUUUGUACAUUGAUGUUCCCCGGAUGUUUUACAUGUUUGGUGUUUUCAUUCGAUACAAUUGGGUCUUCAUCAACUGCGCGUUCACUGCUUCCUGUACUAUUGUCGUUCUUUACGUGGCAAAUUUUGGAUUGUGA